UGUGACACGAGUUUAAGCUCUGUACCAAUGCUUUGAUUUGCUCAGUAAUAUUCACAAAUUAAGUCAUAACAUAUUAUUGACUCAAAUGGGUAUAGCAGAAGCAUGCUCCAGAUUCCUGGUAGACUUUUUACAAGCAUUAAAAGCCUCCCUUCCAAUAAGCUCAGUGUCUCACCUUGAUCAUCACAAUCACCACCCUACAUGCAAGCCAGAGAAUAUGGUGAAAAUUGAUGACAAGAUGGUAAGUGCCCUUGUCACAGUUUUUGGCAUGGAAACCAAUGGGAGAAUCAAGAAGGAGAAUGCUAGGCAAGUGGUGGAGAAGCUUGGUUUGAUGUGUGGUUGUGAGGGUGAAAAUGAGGAUAAGACUUCAUCAGGGUUUGAGCUAGGUGGUGAGGGUGGCUUGAUGGAUGAUGAUGAAGUGCCUGUGGAAGAUGUGCUUGGUGAGUUGGAGGACGUGUCAAAGCGCAGUGAGCUGUUGCAUGAGGCCUUCAAGAUCUUUGAUGAGGAUGGAGAUGGAUACAUAGAUGCAAUGGAGUUGAAGAGGGUGCUUCAUUGCUUGGGAUUGGAUAAGGGUUGGGACAUGAGUGCUAUUGAGAACAUGGUCAAGGUUGCUGAUUUGAACUUUGAUGGCAAGGUUGAUUUUGGUGAGUUUGAAUUGAUGAUGGGGUAGGGUACCAGUUAUACAAAUUCUUUGAUCUUAGGAAUAAUGGUUGAGCUGCUAAUUGUAUAUUCAUUUAUUUAUUCCAGCAUUCUAUCAAGAAUCAAGAAUUCAAGUAUGAAGAUUGUUUUAUUUUGCAUUA